UGAUAGACCAGUGGCGGCUGUGAAAAUUGAAAAAAAAAUGCUGCAAAGAGGUCUAGUUUUGAAUUUUCAACAUAUUGGUCCUACAGUUUCUUCAUAAGCAGUGAUGUUCGGGUUUGUUUUCUUACAAAAAAGUAUUGAGUUUCAUCCCGAUCCCGAUAUUCUGUUUUGGAAUUUCAUUCUUUUUCUUAGGCCUUGUUCCCCAAUUUUUCUGCCUAUCUUGUGAAGAAAAACAGUCGAAAACUACUCUGUAUUUUUCUCAGAAAAACACCAGUAUCAAGAAUGCAGGACAAGAGUGACAUUGAUCGUCUCAUUCUUCCGGACGAUGCCAUCCCGGUUUUGUAUAUACUUACGCUGCGCCCGGACUUGGAGCGAUGCGUUUUCAGUGGGAAGUUGGAGGUACUCUACGACGUUGAAGUGGCUUGCUCAGAGCUCAGCCUCAAUGCAAGGGAGCUCACGUUCAACGACGCGUACUUUCUGACCGCAGCCGGUGACAAAAUCGAGGCGGAAAGUAUCACCUUUCAGCCGAAAUUAACCACCGUGGUCAUCAGUUUCGGCGAUGAAGUAUUGCCAACUGGCCAGGCAGCAGGGAAACUCGUCAUCGAGCGAUUCGAUGGUAAACUUUUGCUCUCACAUAAAGAGUAGAAGUAUCACCAAGUAUUUUUCUUGCAUAGAGCCAGAGCAGACACUCUAGAAAUCGCUUGUGCUGACUAUUUAUCGUCUGGUUCAGACUCCUUAUGAUGAAGUAACUGAUAAUCUUGAUGACAUGAUUAGUCGGAUUUCUUCCAGCUCUCUCUCGAGAAAAAUCAGGUAUUUUGAACGACCAGAUGGCAGGCUUUUACCAAUCGAACUACGUUGACACACUGGGCAACAAGAGGCGACUUGCUGUCACGCAGUUUGAAGCCAUCGACGCACGAAGAUGCUUCCCCUGCGUUGACGAGCCAGCAGUAAAAGCCAAGUUCAAAGUCACAAUAACGUGUGAUAAGAAAUUCCAGGCUUUUUCCAACAUGCCGGAGUUAUCGCGAACCUCCAAUGAGGCCGAAGGCACAGUCAGCCAUGACUUCCGAGAAAGCCCUAAAAUGAGCACAUACCUCCUGGCGUUCUUAGUCGGAGAACUAGACUACGUCACUCAGGAAACCGUAGGCGAGCACGGUCCAAAAACUAUGGUGCGGUGCAUGUCGGUAAGAAAAUGAAAUUUUGGUUUUGACGCCGUUGCUUGGUCGUUGGUCUCUUGCAUUGAAAAUUCAUUCUCAACUUCUCCGCGCUCAUAGUUAUGGAUAAGUAUCCUGGUGAAUCAACACUUUUUUUCUGCCAGACGAAUUUUUGGUCAAUACUUUGCUUUCGCAACAAUCGAUUUGAAAACUCAGGUUCCUGGCAAAAGUGAGCAGCUGCAUUUUUCGCUCGAUGUCGGCGCGCGUUGCCUGGAAUUUUACAACGAGUUUUUUGGUAUCCCAUAUCCUCUGCCCAAGCUGGAUAUGGCUGCUAUCCCCGACUUUGCCGCGGGAGCGAUGGAGAACUGGGGUUUCGUCACCUACCGUGAGAUUGAUCUCCUGUGUGAUGUGCAGAAGACUUCCACAGUGAGAAAGCAGCGUGUUGCAUCGGUCGUCACCCACGAGCUGGCGCACCAAUGGUUCGGGAAUUUGGUGACCAUGGAGUGGUGGAAUGAUCUUUGGCUGAACGAAGGUUUCGCGAACUUUAUGCAAACUUUUAGUGCGGACGCCUUGUUUCCGGAAUGGCGAAUCUGGGAGAGCUUUGUCGCGGAUGACCAAGCAGCAGCGCUAAGGCUAGACUCUUUGCGCUCAUCGCACCCGAUCCAGGUACCGAUUCCGAAGGCGGAGCAAGUCGACGAAAUCUUCGAUGCAAUCUCAUACUGCAAAGGUACUUUUUAAAUGAUGGUUUUUCUUGUGAUAGCGUGACCCAAAUGAAUAAAGUUUUCUCGCUGAAAAUUGGAAUUGCGAAUUUAGUAGGUAGUAUACUCUCAAAGAAUAUUGGCCUUACGCUUUCGCCAGUUGUCUUUCGCCCUCUUUCUCUCGCGCCCAGAUCUUUCGGCAAUGCAGCCGCGCGCCCUGUGUUCCUAGUUUGGGUAGCGAAUUUUGUUGGCUCUCCUUCCAUGCGGCCCGCAUUCGCCUUGUAGGGGCUUCUGCGGCCCUUCACGCCAGCCGCCUGUGAUUUCUAGGUUCGCUUCACGCAACAUAAUCGACCUUUAAUUUGCCUUCAUCAAGUAGAUAGAAGUAGCUACGAGCCACCUCUCGGAUGUAUGUCUGAUCCAUACGAAGUUUGACUACCUUUAUUGAAUGGACAGCAAAAAGCAAAAUCUCAUCUUAUAUUCCUUUUAUCUCCAGCAGUGGCGAUCAAAGUAUUUGAAAAAGUCUAUUGUCAUUGCGAUCAAUCAUCAUGAAGAUGAAGCUAUGUAGUAUGACGGUGAGGACUUGUUCUUGUAAUUCGAAUUCGUCUAUUCUGUCCUUCACCAGGUGGAUCUGUCUGCCGCAUGAUUUACGCCACUUUGGGACGGGAAAAGUUUCAAGAGGGCUUGCAAACAUACAUGCAGAGACACGCUUACAGCAAUACGCAGACCUUCGACCUUUGGAAAUGCUGGGAGGAGGUUUCGGGAAAGCCUAUUGGCGAUAUGAUGAAAGGUUGGACCGAACAAAUGGGCUUCCCCGUUUUGACCGUGUCGCGAUCGGACGCGACUACGCUCGAGAUCUCGCAGCGGUGGUACCUGGCCGACAACAGCGUGCAACCAGGUGACGAAGAAAAAUUGUGGACAGUGCCUAUGUUGUUCGCGACAAACAACGGAUACCAGACGGAAAUCGACUUCUUGAAGGAGAAGACGCAGACUUUUAAGCUCCCACAGGGAUCGAAGUGGGUCAAGGUUAACGCGGGACAAUUCGUGCCGACUAGGGUUUUGUACCAAGGCACGGAACUUCUCGAAGACUUAGCGAAGGCGGUCGAAUCAAAGGAACUCUGCGCAGAGGACAGGUACUGCUGAAGAUUGUUGAUCAAAAAGAAAAUGCUUAGGCUGUUUACAUGAUGUAGAAGUCAAGUGUGUAUUCGAACAAAACGAAGCUUGGGAAAUGAAAAAUCACAUUCGGGCCAACGCACAAACUGAAUGCUCCACACUCAGAAUCGGAGUGCUGCAGGACACUAUGGAGCUUAGUCGCAGCGGUCAUUUGGAGGAUCCAACAGCGCUCUUCUUCCUCCUGCGUGGCUUUGCAAAAGAGGACAACAGUAAUGUGUGGGCGGCUCUCAAGACAGCAAUCGACGGAUUAGACCGCGUAAUGAGCGAGCUUGACGUCUAUCCCAAGUUUCAAGCCUUCAUUGCGGACAUGAUAAAGGAACCCGCGGAGCGUCUUGGUUGGGAUCACAAACCCGAUGACGACGACUUGACUAAGCAGCUUCGCGGCGUCCUCAUCGGCCUCUCUUCAACGUACUAAUCAUUUAAGAAAUAUUUAGUCUCGUUGCCCGCAGCUACUAGAAUUGAACGAAAACAACGUCAAGUAAAAAUACAUUUUCUGCUCUUAUUUGAAUGCGGUCAACGCAAUGCGACAGGUUCGCGUCGCACAGCGCCACCGUGCAGGCAGAAGCUACGAAACGGUACGAGGCGUUCUUAGCGGACCGAAAAACUUCGUUGUUGCCGGACGACUACAAGCGAAGCGUGUUUUGCGUCAUGCUGCAGAACGAAACACAGGGAGUUGAGGUGUGGGAGCAGCUCGUCGGCAUAAUGAAAGACCCACAGACGCAGCAGUCUCAUCGACUCGCCAUCAUGGCCGCACUUGGUUUCGUGCACAGUGUCGAGUACAAGCGCAAGACGCUCGAAGAAACGUAUCACAUCAAGAUUCAGGACUUCUUCUAUCCGAUGACCGGGGUGCAGGGCAGCGGCAAGGCUGGCAACCUGCUCAUCUUCGACUGGAUGAGAGAAAAUUUCGAUACCAUCAAGGCCCGUAUUUCGGGGGCCAACAGUUCGCUGCUGCAGCACGUGGUUAGCGUCUCCUGCUCCGGUUGCACCUUUCAGCGAGCAGAGGAAACGGAGGCCUACUUCCGCGACCGAAAUGAGCCAAGUAUUCAGCGGACGCUGAAGCAGGUAUGCGAGAAGACUCGCGUGAACGCACGCUUCCUCGACCUACUCCAGAAGUCCGAACUCGUUACCGCUGAAUUCUGGGCCACGAAAAUGAAAAUCUGA